UAAACUUCAAGACUGGCCGAAAAUAUUCUUUUACAUUUUUGAAAUUCGAAUAUGUAGUUGUCACUGACAGGAAUGGGAUUAAAAAUAAACUUUAUAACUGGCCGCAAAUAAUUCCACAACAUUUUAAAAAAGUGGUUUCAAAUUUCGAACAUUCGAAUGUCAGUUCAUGGUCACUGGCAGGUAUUAUUAGUUACUCUGUAACUGGUUGAAAAUAAUUCAGAAAUUUAAAAAAAGUGAUUUCAAAUUGGGAACAUGAAUUUAAGUCUCGGUCUGGUUUUGUUCGUGUGUGGUGUAAUGGAAUUGGCCUCGGCCGGAGUCAGCGAGUCGAGAGUGCUGUCGCGAAAACGGCGGUACGUUACGUUCCCUGAAGGCUCCAGCUUCUCGUGCGCCGGUUGCAUGACCGUGGGUAUGAUCGGGCAGCCGGCCCCGUCCACGGUGCCAGGGACGUUCAACUUCGGGCUGAACUGGGGCAUCGCGUACGAGCUGCCCAACGCCACGGAAACGCUGGCCGCGUACCACAGGAAGUACAGGCUGGGCAAGCCGCUCGCGCAGCGGCGGAGCAGGAGAGAUCUGUAUGAGAAGCUGGAAGCUAUUCUUAAUAAUAUGGGGUACAGCGGGCGGCAGUGUAUCUUGAAGACCCUGUGUGAGACCACGCAGCGUAUCGUGCCGCAUGGACAGAAUAUGGUGGAGGAAAUGUUCAGGACUCUGUUCACAUUACCAAUGUCAAAAGUCCUGCCAGAAGAGCCGAUGGAGCACGCCAUCUACGACUCAGCGCACCGCCUCGGCGUUCUCCUGGAGAACUGCGACAUGUACAAGUGUCCUCUCUCACUAGUCGACUUAGCCCAAGGAUAUUAUACUACACCACCGCCGAGUAUCAACCCGGCAAGUCCGUGGGCCGCGUUCAAUAGUAACUUAGGUUAAACUAACGAGUACUGCGACAGUUCUGUACGAGAGUGUCCUUUGUUGCGAAUAGGCUCAAGGAUAUUAUAGUACACCACCUGCUAAUGUCAACCCCGCAAGUCCGUGGGCCGCGUUCAAUAGCAACUUAGGUUAAACUAACGAGGACUGCGACAGUUCUGUACGAGAGUGUCCUUUGUUGCGAAUAGGCUCAAGGAUAUUAUAGUACACCACCUGCUAAUGUCAACCCCGCAAGUCCGUGGGCCGCGUUCAAUAGUAACUCAAACUGAAUUCUUAUUGUGAACUGAGAUACGUACAAGUGUCCUCUGUCGCUAGUAGACUAUCCCUAAAUUAAUAACCUGUUUAAAUCUAAAAUGGAUUGAUUGAAACUUUUGAAGAUAAAUAAUUUAUCUAACUGCUAAAAUUUAGGUAUGAAGCGGUAGACACGCUAUUAACUGGGUUUUAAAUUAAAACACAUAUUUUAUUAUUAACGCAUAACAUUUAAUAUUUAUAGUUCAUAUUUAUAAUACAUUUCAAUAUUAGCAAGAAGUCAUGAGUGUAUUCAUAGUAAUAGGUGGUAGUGCUUGAUUUCAUUUAACAUUACAAAAUGGGACUUACAAUACAAUUACGCUAAGUUAUGUAUAUUAUUUCGCGUUCCUUACGUUAACUUUGCAAUUAACUAAAGCUUACAAUAGCUUAAUUAUAUUUUAUUAUACAAUUUCAUAGAGUUCAUUAAAUUAUUGAGCUAUUAUGACUUAGACAUAUACUAAAUUACGAUUUUAUAGAAUAGUGCAUACACGUAUGCCCCGACGCCCUUUAGUGUAAGCUGAGGGUGAGUAUUCUUAGAGCGCGAGGUGAGCGAGGUAGUACAAUGGCGCGAAGAAGCAACCCCAUUGGUGCACACAUGUUAGCCGCGCUCCUAUUGGUUUAAUUUUCUUACGCCGCUCCCUAGCUUAUUUUUUUUUGAAUACUCACCCUAAGGACCGAUCGGAGGCAAGACAUUAUUGUAUUUUUAAUUACAGUACCUUAAUAUUAAAUAAAAAUUAAGGAAUUCACUUUCGUACUAUCUAUUACUAUAUUUGUAUCAUUAUUAUGGUGUUCGUUUGCAAAUGCCAUUUUCACUAGAUGGUGUGUAUGGAGGAUUUCAAUGAGAUCAUUUAAUUUAAAAAAUAAUAAUAGGUUACACGAUUUUUUUGUUCAUCUGAGUAAAUUACCAGUUGACUGUUGAUUAAAUUUUCUCCUACUGAAUAAAAAUGUACAGUACUUAUAUAUUGUUUAUAUGUGGUAACACUGUUAAAAUAUUAUGAGAAAUAUGUACACACAAUACGCUUAUUUAAAUGUCAAUUCGAAAGAAAAAAAAUUCACAAACCUUGUAUUUUUAUUCUCAUCAAAACCCUCCAUAUCAAACCCCGUUACUUCUGACGAGAAAGGUGAAAAACAAUACAGAAUUGAACAAAAACAUUUAUAGUAUACACUACUAGAGGACAUUAAUUAUUUAACAUUUAAUAAUAUCAGAAGUUAGAAACAUACGUUCAACCCUAACUACAAUAUGUCGUUUCGACAAUAACCAAAUUCUCAUACAAAUUUCAAGAUUAUCAAAACAAGCUAAGAUUGCUUCAAGUAACAAUUAAAAUGCGCAAUGUUUUCAUACAGUUCUAAAAUAUCCUAACAACGAAUAUUUUACAAAACAUUCACUCUUCAACAAGGUCAUAAAUAUUUAUAAUAUUUUUAAAUCAAAAGUGACAGUCGCCAUCUAAUAUACUGUUAUGGCUGACGUACUCAUAAGACUUAAAUUUGACCACACAUUCUAAAGCCGUGGCCUGGACACAAGCGACACUCAGCGCGCUAAGCGUCAAGAUCCGACUCAGAAGUAGUUCCAGUCAAUCAAAUGAUAAUCAAACCACAAUGUUGACGGUAGAGCCGUAUUUGGUCAAAUUAAAUCUAUGAGCAUCUUUGCCGCUCCGAUAUUUCUGGUGGCGAAUGUACAUUCGACAACAUUACACGUCCAACACUAGCUUCCCUAAGAAUUUCAAAAUUCUUACCACGUACUGUCAUUAUUUUUCAUAAGUAUUUUCAGGCAGUGUUUAUGAUAUUAUUAUAACACUAACACCGUUAACAUAGAUAAGUAUAAACCGCAUCCAAUAUCAAAUGUGUAUGAAAACACCGCGCGAAGUUAUAUCUCCAAAUUUCAAAUCAACGUUUGCCAAGUGAUUUUAGUUGAAAUCAAUUCAGCAGAACUUAGUUUCAAAGACUAAUAAAAUAAGGCACACGUAAAUUUAAUCAAACUAAAUACGUAGACUAAUUUUGAAACGUAGCUUAUAAGCUUAUAUUGAAAGAUGUAAAGGACAAGACAAGAUCGCUUACUGGGAAAGAAUAGUUUUGCACAGAAUUUUUGUUUUUGUUGCAAAAUAUAUUAUUAUCAUCAGUGCUGUGGACUCGGUGUAACGGGCUCAAUGUGCGUUAAGCAACAAAUCCAACCCAAACAUUGCAAUUUGCCGGUUGCCGCUCCACGCGCCGCUUGCAUCCAGUCCACAGCUUUAAAGAGUAACAUAAAAAGUGUAAGUACCUACUUACAUAAUUUUGGAUGCACUUCCGUAACUUUUAGUGCAAAAUUUGUCAAUAAGUAAUAAAGAGUUUUUAAAUAAUAGGUUAGAUUAACAAAUACGAAUAACUAAUCAAAAUUGUAAAAUUUUGUAACAGCAGGAAAUUAUUAUUAAAUGAAAAAUGUAGUGUGGAAAGGUACACUUUAGUGAACAGUUUCAUUAUGUCUGUAUUUACAUCUAAUCGUGUUGGAAGCUCAACGCAAAUUUCGUGUGUUUACUACUUAUUAGUAAGUACAUAUAUUAUGUAUAUAACUAUGUAUAUCGUAGGAGUAAGCUAUAAAGAUAUUCAAAUUUUAACUCUCGUGAGUCAUUAACACUGUAAUAAUAAUUUAGCGAUUUUACUUUAGUAUCUUUAGACACUAAAUGCUUCCUUUUUUUAAGAGACUAGUAAUGCCUACGAAAAAUGGUCUCAUUAGGGUCACCCCACAUUAAGUUCGCCUGAGCGUCGGUGGUGUCAGCUGCCGCCAUGUUGGCUGGUGGGGGUGGUCCCAAGGUCAACGAUACACUCUGUAUAAAGUGACGUGACACACACUUGCUUAAGAUUGGCAUCGAGCAUAGUAUUGUGCCGUCCCCAAGAAAAUUCCCCGAGCGGCUUAUCACUUGUCUUACAGCAGUAGCCAUGUAGUUAACUUCACUCUGACGCUCAAAAGACGCUAGUGUUUUUACAGA